AUGCCUCGUUGUUAUUACGAAGUUCUUGAAGUGGAAAGAGACGCCAGCGACGACGAGAUCAAGAAAACGUAUAGAAAACUUGCUUUGAAAUGGCACCCUGAUAAAAACGAUAAUUCUGAAGAAAGCACAAGAAUAUUCACAGAGAUUCAGCAGGCUUAUGAGGUACUCAUCGAUCCGCAAGAGCGAGCUUGGUAUGACAAACACAGAGAGCAAAUUAUCCGUGGAGGAGAUGACUAUGUAGAUAACAGCAUAAACUUGAUGAAAUAUUUCAGUGCCUCGGUGUUUUGCGGGUACGGGGACGAUGAGCAAGGAUUUUAUGCAGUUUAUUCAAACGUUUUUAGAAUUAUAGCUGAAGAAGAUGCUGAGUUUUCCACUGACAGCAAUCUAGAAGUUCCGGAGUUUGGAACAUCUUCGAGUGAUUAUGAGGAAGUCGUCCAGCCUUUUUAUGCAUAUUGGCAGAGCUAUGCGACGCUGAAAUCUUACGUUUGGGUGGAGAAAUACGACAUCAGAGAUGCCCCUAACCGACGAGUCCAGCGACUGAUGGAGAAAGAUAACAAGAAAUUAAGAGAUGCGGCUAAGAAGGAAAGAAAUGAAGAAGUCCGCGCGUUAGUAAAGUUUGUUCGCAAACGGGACAGACGUGUCAAGGCAUACCUAGAACUUUUGAAGGAAAAAGAUGAAGAAAGAAAGAGACUAACGAAGAAAAAGCGACAGGAAGCCUUGCUAGAGCGAGAGAAGAUGUUUGAAGAGUACAAAGAAAAAAGCUGGGCUUCGCUGUCUGGGCUAGAGGAGGACUUGGCCCAAAUGAAUUUGCAUUUGGACAGUGAAUUUGGUAAGGAUGAUGACGUCAAUGACAGCCAAUCGGAUGACGAGGAAGAGGAGCAGUAUUAUUGCGUGGCUUGUGAUAAAGCUUUCAAAACAGAGAAGGCGCUUGGAAAUCACGAGAAGUCGCGUAAACAUAAAGAUAAGGUUGCUGCUAUCAAGCGAGAAAUGGCAGAUGAACAAGUAGAGGAUCUCGGCUUUGAGUUGGUGGACGACAUAGAGCCAUACGAAGCUGAGUAUCUGAACAAGAGGCAUUCUUGUGUUGAAGAGAAUAGUGGGGAUUUUGUGAGCGUUGGAGAGCUAAAUCUGAUGGAUUCCAUUGAACUAUCCACGAUGAGAAUCAAAGGAAACAAUCGUUAUAAAGUGAAAGUACUGCAUGAAAGAGGUAGAGCUCUGUCAGGGAUUGGGGAGGCGGACUUGGAGGCCAGCUUGGACGAAAGAACUGACAAAGAUAACGGAGAUGUUGACAGACAAGUGGGUGAUGAUGACGAGUUUAUCUCGGGAGAGGUAGAUGACAAGAAAGAAAGCGAAAAGGGUGGAAAGGCUGAUGAAGGAGAUAGCGCCGAGGUUAACGAUUGUGGACAAAAUAAAGAAAACUUCUACGACAAACAAUCUGAGCAGGCUGCUAAUGACGAUAAUGAGAAAAGAAAAUCAUCACCAGCAAAUCAAAAGCCUGUUUCGGAGAACUCCAAGUCUGCGACGAACGUAUUCAAGUGUAAUGUUUGCCAAGCAGGAUUUCCAACACGAAAUAAGAUGUUCCAACACAUCAAGGAGCGCGGACAUGCACUUAAAGUGGACGCAAAACACGAAGGUGAUAAACCACAGAAACAGGAGAAGAAGAAAGGGAAAAAGAAACGUUGA